CUCACUUCACACUUCACUGUUCACUAGUACUGAACGAAUUUUUUGGUUUCCAUUCAGUCUAAAAUUUUUUUUUCAACUUUUCUAAGCGAGAAAAAGAUGGUGUCCUUCGGUUGUAUCGCCAAGGUGCUAAGAGGCCUCGAGUGCAAAACGAACGUCUGGAUCAAGACUGUAAAUCCAGGUUGGUACGAGGCCCGCGAAUUCCCCAAGGCCAUAUUCACCGAGAAGGUGUUCCAGAAGACCAGCACCAAGAGCCACGAAAAGCAUGAUGAGCCCAAUACCGCCGAGUCGGCCCAGAAAGUAGGCACUCCAAUGCGGCAGCCAUACUUCUGAGCUGAGAAUCAUUUCGAAAAAUCGUGUUUUAUAUGCUGAUUAAUUUACAUUUCAAAAUUCACAUAAGCGGUGUGUAAUAACGAAUAAGAAUUUCAAAUCGCCCUGCUUAGUGUUGUUAACCGUCGAAAUUUACCCUGGUGCGGCCCUGGAAGCAUUUAUCGAUUGCUGUCUAUCGCACUCGCCCACCGCUUGGUCACACUCUUUCGAAUUUUUGGCAUUUUCAAGAUGAUUUUAGAAACCAGUUUAAUGUUGCUCGAGUAGUUGGUCACACCGUGUCGUGUCCAAUCAGAAUCGCAUUCGACGGCAUGAUGAAAAAAUUCCAAUAGAAUUAGCCGAGGGCGAUUAUUAAUGCCAAAUUUGCCGAAAAACCAGCAAUGUGAAUAUCUGUGUGUUAUUCGUUAAAUGUUAAAUGCAGCGCGCUUCGCCCACGCGUUCGAGAUUGCCACCGCGGUUCAAGUGCAAAAUACGAGUGUGUGAGUGCCUAUAUAUUAUGUACAACGGCAAUAAGCAGUAAGCAGCAGCAGCAGCAGCAACAACAAGCCGUUUUGUUGUUGUCCAGUGAUAAGCGAAUAUAAUAUAACGCAAAUAUAAUACAAAUUCAACGUGAAAAGAAAUCUCGCAGAAGCAGUAAUAACAACAACUUGGCGACAAAUGGAAAUAAUAAAGUAAAGUGAUGGAAAGCCUGAGAAGUGGAGAGGCAAGAUAGAGAGAUCGAAAUCGUAAUGUGUAAGCGGACAAACCAACGGAAGAGAGAGGGAGAGAGGAAAACAAGAAACAGCGUCACAGCGAAGAUUAAAUAAAUUUACAAGUGUGUUUUGUGUUUGACCAGCUUU